UCAACAACACAGCUGCACAGAGAAGCAAAAUGGCCGAUAGUAAACUAACCGAUCUCACAGCGCUUUGCAACCACCAAGAGGUUAUGCAUGUGUAGUUUACAGCGAAAACUACAGUCGUCCGAAAGGUUAUACGUUAACUGAAUAUGGCUAUUAUGAACAUUUCGCCUUUUGGUGAUGUUAUUUUUUAUUCGGUUUAGCCUUGAAAGCCUCGAACUACCGUUAGAUUGCUAAGCUAGCGUUAGCUAACUAGGUCUGCAAGAAUUUCAUAAAGUACUUUAUGUUGUGUGUGAUUCCUGAGAUAGGAGAAUCAGGAAAGGGAACAGCCGUUCAUGGAAGACAAGAAAAAGAAGAAAGAGGAUAAAAAGAAAAGGGAAGCUUCCCAGAAGGUGACUGAACAAAAAGUCAAAGUGCCAGAAUCAACUAAGCCCUCCUCCACGCAGUCACUAGCCACUCCUGGCUCUGUGUCUCCCAGCCCUGGCCCCGCUCCACCAUCGUCCCCCUGCCCUGCAGCUGGGUUCGUUGUUCCUCCGGGCGGGAACAAUGCAAACCGGACGGCUGUGGCCAACGGACAGCCCCCCACCGGAACUCAGCGCUACAUGCCCAGAGAGGUGCCCCCACGAUUCCGCUGCCAGCAGGACCACAAAGUGCUUCUGAAGAGGGGCCAGCCACCACUGUCCUGCAUGCUGCUGGGGGGAGGCAGCGGUAGGGGAGACACCCCCCCCCUUUCACAGGGAGAGGCCCCCAAUGCAACCACAUCUGGAGCCACAGAUCCCAAUCUGGGUUCACCUUCUCCUUCACCCCCUCACUCCUCACCCUCAUCUUCAGUCGCUGCUUCUUCUACUUCAACUUAUGCAAAUUCCACAUGGGGGGUGGGCUCUGGCAGCCAGCACCCCUCUCAGGGCUGGGAGAAGGUGAUAGUGGAUGGGAGUGACCUUGAGGAGUGGCCCAGCAUUGUGGGUGGGGGCAGAGCGGGUACCGAGGGAGCAGAGCAGAAUGGCCCCAACAACAUCAGUGCCUCACGGAGUGACAAAUGCACCCAACAGCAGCUGAGGCCAGGAGGAGCAGGAGCUGGGAGUUCAGACAGUCCCUCCCCACCCCACUCCUCCCCCUCGUCACUCACUGAAUGUGUCCUGUCUGGUGUCGUGUGGGGCUCUUCCAGUCAGCCUGGAAUGGGAGGGGCCGCGGCAGCAACAGCAGAGGGGCCAGUGCUCUACAAUUCCAAAGUCUCCUCUCUUCCUGGGACUCAGGAGAGCCCUCUUAGUGUGAACAGUGGGAUUCCUGGUGCCAACUUCAACCCUAAUGCCAACCCUUCAGCCUGGCCUGCCCUUGUGCAGGAUGGAACGACAGGGGUUGGUGCAGCUACCACCGAAGCUGUGCCCUCAUCCAUGACAACCUCCUUCUCUGCCAGUACCACACAUACUCAUCCACUCUCCUCUGUGAAUCAAGCUAUCCAUCAGCACCAACUCCAUGAAAUGCCUGGCAGGGAUGGAGAGCAUCUUCAUGGGGAUUGGGGGGGCUUGGGGCCGGAGCUCGGAGCAGGACCAAAUCAAGGAGGCAGAGAUCUUGUGGACAGUGGGGUUGUUGGAGGGAGCGGGAAUCUCUCUGCCUCUUCUUCCUCUUCAUGGAGAGCCUUGCCUCCCUCCUCCUCUAACCUCAACACAGGUGCCUCUAAGACUGACGGGUGGGACAGAGAAGGGGGAGAUGCAGCUCAGGGGCAGGAGGCAAACGUGUGGGACUUCGGCAGCCAAGGUGAGAAAGCAGGGUUGGCAGGAGAUGAGGCAUGGGUCAGGGGAAAUGAUGUUGGCUCAAAUACCCCAGUGGUAUCUCAGGGAGCAUGGGAUGGGGGUACAGAGGAGGGUUGGGGUGGUACACAGGGGUCGACAGGUGUCAGGGGUUCCAGCAACCCAGCAAUAGGAAGUAGCGGUGGAGGCGGGAGCAGCAAGAGCAGCAGCAGUGGAGGUAGCGGAGGCGGUGGUGGCGGCAUAUCUCAGGACUCUGCCUCACCAACGUUUGCUACUAUGACAAGAGCUUGGGACAAUCAGAAAGGGGUUGAUGCUGACGACGGAGUGGUGGGGGAAUGGACAGGCCAAGGUGGCAGAAGAAGUGGAGGCCCCUCAUCCUCCAGUGGAGGAGGGUCCAGGGCUGGGAGUCACAAUCGGCACCAGGAGCAUUCCCGCCACCGAUCCAGCAACCCACCCCCCAACCCUGAAGUGGCCUUACAGAGCAUGCUCAGCCGGCCGGACCUGGAUCCCAGGGUGCUGUCCAACACCGGAUGGGGGCAGACCCAGGUACAGCAGAAUGUGGCCUGGGACCUGGAUACAGGAGCAGCCAGUCGAAGUGAGGGAAGCAGUUCCCCUGCAUUUCCAUCUCAAGCCGUGAAUUCUACUGGUCGGGCUUCUACUUACCCCGCAAGCAACAGCGCAAUUACUGAUCCAUCUGCUGGGGCCCACAUGCCUACUAUGAACACUGGUCCUGGCCCUGUACCUUCAAGGGGUGGCUGGGAUGACGAGCCAACCUGUGCUCCACCAUCCAACAUGCAGAAUUCUGCUGCCUCUAGGACGCCAGUGGAAGAUAUUGAUGGCAGCCAGGGAAAGACGAGUGGAGGCUGGGGCGACAUCAGUACUUCAAAGAGCCAAGACAAAGGCUGGGGCAAUGAGGAGCAGGAGGGGAGGGACCGCAGAGGGGGCGGUGGAAGUAACUGGAGAGAUUUUGGAGAACAGGGUGGCGGAAGAGGGAGUGGCUGGGGAGGUGGUCAGGAGGAGAAAGGGACUGCAGGGGGUUGGAAAGAGAUGGGUAGGGAGGGAUGGGGACAAAGAGGGGGAGGGGGAGGCGACUGGACGCAGCGUGAACCCAAGACAGUCAGUGGAGGCUGGGGGGAAGGGAGGGGCAGAGGUGGAGGCAACACGGACAAGGGGUCUUGGGGUAACCUAGAUGAGGGAGGCCCACAGAGGGGUUGGGGAGGUGGAGGUGACAUGGGUGGCAAACCGCACCAGGACUGGAGCAUGAAGCCGCAUUCAGCACAGAUACCAAACAGCCAAGCGGCAACACUGAAAGCCCCAAAUCAACAGCAACACCAAUCACAGACCCAACAGCCACCAGGAGGCUUAGGCAGGUCAGGAGGUCCUCCCACCCAGAAUCAGAACCAAAGCUCAGGCUGGACUGCUGGCCCCAUCCCUCAGAUCCCCGUUGGGCCUGCUGAGGCUCCUGAGCCCAGCGGUUGGGAGGAGCCCUCCCCUCAGUCCAUCAGCCGCAAGAUGGAGAUUGACGAUGGCACUUCUGCCUGGGGCGAUCCCACCUGCUACAACAGUAAGAAUGUGAACCUGUGGGAUAAAAACAGUGCCCCCUCUGGUCAGCCACCGCCACUUCAAGGCCAUGCUCAACAGGGUCCACCAACAUCCGUACAACAGCCACCACCAAGGAGACAGCCUGGGAUCCCAGCUAACCGGGACUCAAACCCUGGCAAUGAACCUGGAAUGGGCCCAGGUAUGUGGGGAGGGGGUGGCAACCUCGCUGGACAAUCUGUGGAUAAUGGCACCGCUUCCUGGGGGCAGACUUCUGAUGCACCAUCUGGCUGGGGAGACCCAGACGACUCAAGCAAAGCCGCUGGUUGGGGAAACCCCUCAUCCAAAUCUGGCUCAAAGUCAGUGCAAGAGAGCUGGGGCAAAGGAGAGGGCCCUGUUCCAGCCUCUCGACACUCCAGCUGGGAUGAGGAGGAGGACGUUGGUGGAGUUUGGAACAGCACAGGCUCCCAGGGCAGCAGCAACUACAACUCUGGUGGCUGGGGGCAAGGCCCCGGGGGAAGGCGAGGCAACCUCAAGGGUGGAGGUGGAGACCACUGGAUGAACCCCAUGACACGACAAUUCCAAAAUAUGGGACUCAUGGGCGAGGACUUGAGUCUUGAUAAAAAGCUGGAAGGAGAUAAGAGAGGGAUGAACGACUACAACGGUGAAAUGCGGAGAGGAGGAAGAGGUGGAGGAGGCUACCGUAUGCCCAGUUCCAAAGACAUGGGGCCUGGAGACAUGGGGCCUUACAGUGACAAGAUGGGUGGUCAUGGUGUAUUUGGUGGCAGCGGUGGGAUGCCUCGGGGAAUGCACCAGCCUGGGAUGCAUCCCAUGAACCCCUCCCAAGGGUUACGCGGACAAGUGCCUCAUCAAUUCUUGUCUGCUCAGGUGCCAGGCCCUAUGCUAAAGCAGGUUCCCUCUCCUGGCAGCAGUGUUGGAGGAGUUGGAGGUGUCGGCGGAGGGGUGUUCCCACCUCAGCUCUCCCCACAGCAACUUGCCGUGCUUAGUAACAUUUACCCCCAUGUGCAGCAGUUCCACCUGGCUUGUCAGCUCCUCCUGCAGCAGCAGCAGCAACAGCAGCAGCAGCUUAUGCAGAACCAGAGGAAGUUCCCCCAGCCCCAGCCUAUACGCCAGCAGCCUGAUCCACAGCAGCUGGCUAGAAUCAUGGCUAUUCUGCAACAACAGAGACAGCAACAACAGGGAGUGGUAGGCGGCGGCAGUGGGAGCUCUAAACUGUCCCCAUCUCAUCUUGGAGGGGCACCAAAACAGCCGAUGGCAGACUCCAUGCCCCACCCUGGUAUGGGUGGGCCCUUGUCAGAUCUUCAUGCCAAAACACAGGGGAUGUACUCUGGGCUUGCUCCCGGAGGCAAUCUGUCUGGGCUGGAGCUGGGCUCCAUGGUGGGGGGGGUGAAGGAUGGAGGAGGAGGGCAGCAGUCCCGCUUCAAAUGGAUGAUGGAGGGUCACUCUCCGGCCCCCUCUCCCCCAGAUACAUCCCAACACAAGAAUGGUCCUUUACCCAUGCCCAUGAAAGUUCGAGGGGGCUCCCCAUAUUCACAGUAUGAGUUGCUUGGGGUUGAUGGUUUGGGAAUGCCCCCUCAGGGCCCCUCUGACAACUGGCACCGUACCCCUGGAAGCAAGAUGGGCACCAUGACUGGGACAUCCAGCUGGCCCCCAGAGUUCCAGCCCGGAGUGCCCUGGAAAGGAAUCCAGAGUGCCGACCCGGAGUCUGACCCUUACAUGACCCCUAGCAGUGUGCUGGGCUCCCCUGGACCCUCCAGCCUCAGCGACUCUGACCACCAGUUACUGCGAGACAACACAGGGCCAAACCCCUCCCUCAACACCUUGCUGCCUUCACCAGGUGCCUGGCCCUACAGUGCCUCAGACAGCCCCCUUGGCAAUGCACACAGCACAGCAAAGUACUCUGAGUACAAACCCAGCUGGCCCCCAGAGCCCAUUGGACACAACAAGCCGUGGAAGACCAAUCGCGUCAGCUCCCAGCUGCCACGCCCCCCUCCUGGACUGACCAGUCAGAAACAGGCCUUAACAUCCCCAUGGGGCAGCGGAGCCCCACGGUUGGCCAGGGGCUGGGGAGAGGGCGGAGCCAGUCAGGAUUCAAGAUUUGGGACAGGCUCAGCGUGGAGUGAUGGUGUGGCCUCCAGAGGCAGCUGCUGGCUGCUGCUCAGCAACCUCACCCCUCAGAUAGAUGGCUCCACACUACGGACUAUCUGUAUGCAGCACGGCCCCCUGCUGACCUUUCACCUCGGCCUGACUCAGGGCAGCGCCCUGAUUCGCUACAGCACCCGUCAGGAAGCAGCAAAGGCCCAGAGUGCACUGCACAUGUGCGUUCUGGGUAACACCACAAUCCUGGCGGAGUUUGUGAGUGAUGAGGAAGUGGCUCGCUAUUUUGCACAUUCCCAGGUUGGAGGGACGGAGGGGGCCAGCCCAGGGGCAGGGGCAGGGGCGGCCCAGGGCUCGUCAGGAACGCGCACAGCGGUGGGAAACAGCGGAGGGGGCUCCCCGGGGAGUGAACGAGCAGCAGCAGUAGGAGGAGGAGCAGGAAACAAUUCGGGUGGAAACAGUGGGGGAGGAGGGGUUCUGGGUAGUGUGGGGCCUUCCAGCUCUGGCUGGCAAAGUUUGGAUGGUACGGGCAGCUCUCCGGAGGCCACCUCAGCCCAAGGACCUGGGCUUGGUAUUUUUGCUCAGUGGAGCGCCAACGGGGCUGGGAAGGGGGUAGGGGGUGGGGUGGAGGCAGGGAGGUCUGGGCUCUGGGGGGGUGUGACCCCAGGUUACUCCAGCAGCAGCCUGUGGGGUGCACCCCAAAUGGAGGACAGGCACCAAAUGGGCAGCCCAGCUGCCCUGUUGCCUGGUGACCUGCUGGGAGGAGGGGCUGACUCCAUCUGACACACCUUCACAUAAGUAUAUAUUUAGACACACUGACACAACAUACACUGGGAAACACACAUAAAUACAUAUAGAAAUUACAAUAUAUAACCACGUUUAACACAAGCAGAAAUGUGAGACAUGCUUACACACAUUCUCAUGGCCAGACUUAAGCUAUUAUAUAAACAAAUGCAGGGACUGUUAGAUGUGUAUAAGGCCUUUUUCCACAGAUGAAGAUUUCAACUGCUAGACUUGAACCUGAAAAAUUAGUCUGUCAGUCUGAGAGACUGGCUGGAUUGCAUUGUGCUUAGUAGGUGAUUUGAUGACAGACUUACAUGCACACACCAAAUAUUAACUAGCCUUCAGACAGAUGGGCACUGUAACAGCAUUACUCGCAUCAUAUAGGAAAACUCUACGUGAUGCAGGACAACCUGCAGUUUCCAUUCAUGUCCCUUAUGGAGACUGAAUCAAAACACAUGCAAACACACUGCUCUGAUUGAUGACAGAACUGUAUCUUACUGUGUAUGUUAGUUUUCUGUUUGUAUGGUUGUUUUAUUUUGAAAAAUGGAAUACUGAAAUGUAAUUGUUCCUUUCAAAUGCUGACCUCCUACUGUUGUUUUUCUCUCAAUCACGUGUGUUACUGUUACUAUGAUAAUUGUUGAAACUCUGGCAGUAUGAGGCAACGUUGCAUUUCUCAGAGAGUGGGAUACUGUGUGUGGAAUACUCAGUGUGUGUGUGUGUGUAUGAGUGCGAAUGAGACCAAGUGGGAAAAACCCCUGUGUGUGUGUGAGGAUAAUGUAUGUGUGCAUGUUACUGCCUGUCAUGAGUAGUGUGCGAGGCUGCUUACAGAAGAUCUAAAAGUAUGUUUUGAGUGCAUUCGGUAUACUGCUGACUGUUCAAGAACAUUGGCACUAAUGCUUUGUUUUCUCAUUUUAAGAUUUUUUUGCAGACUGUCUUUUUUAUCGUCCGAACUGCAAUAAUAAAAAAUAACAUUUUAAUGACAAAGAGCUGAAGGCAUAUGUAUUGAAAAAAGGACAUGCCAAAUCUUAUCAAACUGUGGAGUGGUGGGGGGUUGUUUACAAGACACAGAAAAUAGUUACCGUGUGUUUUUAUGUUUUGUUGUGUAUCGUUUUAAAUUAAGACAGGCUUUAACACUCCUGUUCAGUGUUUCGUUUUGAGAUUUUACAAAGGAAAAUUUAUUUAAACAAAAAGAACAAGAUUAAUAAUAAAGAUUAAAGUAUUGGCUUCUA